AUGGAAAAACCAACGGCGACCAAUGCUGAUUCUGAGGCUCAAGGGACGGCAAUUGCUUCGGCGACCAAUUUCGAUUCUGGACCAACGGCGACCAAUGCUGAUUCUGAGGCUCAAGGGACGGCAAUUGCUUCCUCGGAAGAAGCCACUCCUAGCUAUGCGCCCACUAUCACUACAUUGAGCAGCGGCGAAUCGACGGUAGUCGUCACCCUUAUCCAAACCGACCCCGGCACCGCCAGCAGUUCUGCAACCGCAACCUCAACCGACCCCGGCACCGCCAGCAGUUCUGCAACCGCAACCUCAACCGGACCCGACUCCCCAUCCCUAUCUGGAUUAAUCACAUCCAAUUUACCAAAAACCUCAUCCCCAGGGGGACUUUCAGCAGGAGCAUCAGCGGGAAUUGGAGUUGGCGUCGCGCUGGGCGUAAUCAUCCUCGCAGUCCUGGCAUUCUUCUUCUAUCGCCGGCACCGAAAUCGUCGAUCGAUACAUCAAGUACCAGAGCUGGGGACCGAGGGCCAGAAACAUGAGUUAUCCGCGGAGGAUACUACACGGGUAGAGCUUGGUGUGGAUGGACAAAAACAUGAGCUUUCUGCGGAUAGCACUAGGGAUAACUUCAAUUUGAAGACAGGCUCUGAGUCGAAGGGGAGUCGUUUGCAUGAGUUGGAGUGA